UAUUCUUCUGCAGAGUAUCGACAAAUCGAUUAAUCGAAUUUUUUACCAGGUUACCCUGAAUCCGACCCACGGUGACGGUCUCUUUCGGUUUCGAGAGGAUGGACGUCGAGAAGCGGUCGACUAAUCCGACCUUAAUUUUCCAAAGGGCGUUCGUCGAAGGCACGCGCAUGCCGCGUCGAAAAUAGAAGCUAUCGACUCGUUAUAUCCCAGUUUACAACCCCCUCUUCGUCCGCCCCCUCGUUGUUGUAUGCUCCGAAAGGAUACGGUCACGGUUCUUCGCGAGAGCCUCGCGACGGAACAGCUAGAACGAAGCAGGAAUCAAUUUCCUCUGGAUAUCUGGCCCGAUGACUUUUCCUCCAUUUCCUGGAACUCGUCAGCCGGUUAAAUUCUCGGUUACGGGGGAUGGCAAUCAAUGAAAACUAGACUCGCGAGCCCCGGCCGUCUCUGAGCCGCGCCGUCCCUUUCAUUCCCGUCGACUUAGCGCUACCCGCGUUUCUCCGUAAUUCCCUCCGAUUCUAGUAACGAAAUCGGGACCACUAGGUCACACGAAACCGGGCUAGAUGGCGAUUGUUUAUUCUCUGCGUGCGUCCCGCGUUUGUCGGCCGUGGACGGCUAUAAGCGGUACACACAGGGUGCUUAGCUACAGGUGGGUAAUCCGUUAAGGGAUGAUUCCAGGCGACGGAAACGAAGAUCAGGUACGAACAAAUUGCGUUUCGCUUAAAAAAAAAAAUGGAAUUAAACAAUUAAAUUUUAUCCAAAUAAUUAUUCUACCCCCAGAGAGACAACGAAGAAAUCAGGCGAAAUAAAAUAUGAUUGCACAUUAGGGUGGUCCUUAUUUUUCGACCAUAAAAUUUUUUGCACGCCGCCCCCUAAAUUUGUUCCAUUUCAUGAAAAAAUAAUUUGUGCAAAAUUUGAGAUCGAUUGAAGGUCGGGAAGACGUGGCACAUCGCAUGCGAAGUUUUGAAAUAGAAGUAACCGCGCGCUAAGCGUAAGGAGUGGUGUGUUUCUGAAAAUUUCAAUGAAAUAUUUCAUAUUUUGAGGACUAUAACAUAAUUCUUUACUUAUUUAGUAUUGUUCUGUUCGUACGUGCAUUAAAACCCAAGUUCCAUUUGUACAAUAUAAGACUAUUUUACACUAAGCCUAACUGACCCGUAGCAGCACCGAAAUAUGACAUACAACGUUGGACACUGAAUAGACGUUGAAAGACCCUUAGUCUUGAAAAUCCAGUCACAGGUGCCCAGGUAUAGAACUCGGAUCCUUCGUAAGUCCUGAAUCAGAACCCGUUACGCGUAGGUACUCUCGGGUCUUUCCCCGUGGGCCUGGGUGAGUCAGGCUAUGGUCGCGUUACUCAUCUGACAGUCCGACUCGCCCAAGUCAAUAUUUUUCGGCGUGCGGAAGUGGAUACCUUCCGCUGUCCACGCAUUUUCAUGCCGACUUUUCUCGCGCGUUUUCGGUGUCGCUAGAGGGACGUGAUUCUCUGCGAGGGCUGUAUAAAUAACCCUCCAAAGGUCUCGGGAUCUCUCACUCUUGAACAAGCUCUCUGAGGUACCGUGUCGUGAAGUUCAUCAUUAACAGUCUACCUUAUUCUGUAUAUUCGUUUGAUUCGUCAAUCAGCGAGAAUCACCAUUUUGCGAGUAUUAAAAUAUUCAUUUCUCAAUCACACCUCAGUUCAAAUAAAAAAUGGAAACCAGAAGAGAAAAAUUAUUCCUUCUUAACUACGACGAAACUCAAAUUAUUGGUGCAAAGUUACCGUCAAAUGGACAAGUUUUACGCGUAUUAUUUUAUAAUCUGCGUAAGGUGAAAUUAAAUUUACGAUCAAGUGCUCACUUAGUGAUAAAAGAAGUCGAGGUUCUGUGGGAGAAAGCGCGAAUUCCAACCCGAAAAUUAGAUCGGAGUAUUGAAAAAGUGGAAUCUUUAUACCAAAACUGGAAGACAUUACAGAAGACCUGCAAACGCCGAACACCACUGCAGGAAAAACGGGAGCAUGAUUUUCUGGAAGCAUUGGAUGACCUUUUCGAUAUUGCUCAUGCUGACGCUUUGGAAAUGAUAAACAUUGCAGAAGACAAAGCGUUCCUUAUAAAUCAAAGGAAGAAAGGACGAACCGGUUCAAUGGUAGGAAGCGAUCGCAACUUAUUCGAGAAAGAAAGCAGAAAAAUUCUUCGAGAGGAAUAACAAAAGUCGAGGCGAGAAAACUAUGAAGCAAAUAUACAUGAAGAAUUAGCGGAAUUAGAAGAUUCAUCAUCAAUUGAAGAUGAGGACGAGGUAAUCGAGGAUCCUGUGGAGCAUCGUAUGGAGGAUUCCAUGGAGGACCAACCAGGUCCGAGUAAUCCUAAAAAGAAACGCGGCAAGCACAAUUUUAUAACACCCAAACUUGUGGCGACCAUGGACAAAUGUAAAGUGAGUGAUCGUGAUUCAGUCGCAAUUAUAAUAGCAACAGCUCAAGCUCUGAACCAUAAUGUCGAUGAUUUGAUAAUAAAUAAAACAACUAUUCGUCGCUGUCGUACACGUUUGCGCGCUGAGAGAGCUACGUUAUUACACACUACAUUCAAACAAAAAGAAUUCAAUACAAUUACAGUACAUUGGGAUGGAAAGAUGUUACCAUCAUUAAUGGGUAAAGAACAAGUAGAUCGAUUACCGAUAAUAAUAUCUUUCAAUGGAAAUGAACAGUUGCUUGGAAUUCCAGCGAUUUCUUCAGGCACUGGAAAAGAACAGGCCAAUGCUGUCUAUGAUUUACUUUAUGAAUGGGACCUUAUUGAUAAACUAGAAGCACUUUCUUGCGAUACCACAGCGUCAAAUAUGGGACGAUUACAAGGUGCAUGCGUAAUUUUCGAGCAAAAGAUCGGGAGGGAUCUUUUAUAUUUGCCUUGCCAACACCAUAUUUAUGAGAUAGUUUUACGGGGCGUUUUUGAGGAAACAUUGUGUAAAUCUACUGGACCUAAUAUUCCCCUAUUUAAACGUUUUCAAGGAUCCUGGUCUCAAAUCAAUAAAUUAAAUUUUAAAUCGGGAGUUGACGAUCAGAUAGUUCAAGAGUCCGUUGACAAUGUAGCAGAAAUAAUAAACUUUGCCUCAUAUAGUUUGGAAUUUAAGCAACCACGAGAAGACUAUCGCGAAUUUCUAGAAUUAUCAAUAAUUUUUCUUAAUGGAACAGUUCCAAAGUUUUCCUUCCGUAUACCAGGAGCAUUUCACCAUGCUCGAUGGAUGGCCAAGGCUAUAUAUUCUUUAAAAAUAUUUUUAUUUCGGUACGAAUUUGUUUUAACAAAAGAUGAAGAAAAUGGAAUCCGCGACAUUUGUAUUUUUCUGAUUAAACUGUAUUUGAAAGCAUGGAUUAAAGCUCCAGUUGCUGCAAAAGCUCCUAGACAAGAUUUCGAGUUUUUAAAAAACUUAUAUGCAUAUAGUGCAAUUAAUAAAAAUGUAAGUCGCGGAGCAUUGCAUAAAUUUUGUAAUCAUUUAUGGUACUUAACACCAGAAGCGGCAGCGCUGGCCUUUUUUGACUCCACCAUUACGUAUGACGCUAAAAAACGGAUGGUAGUAGCUUUAGAUACUCUGAAUGAUACUGACGUCAAAAAAUUAAUAAUUAGUUCGAAUAAUGUACCUCAGUACAUCAACACUGGUAUUGAAGAGUUUGUUUCCCAAAAAACGUUACAGUUUUUUAAAAGAUUUGAGAUACCCACAGAUUUUAUUAAUAAGGAUCCUUCAGAAUGGGAAAAUGAUACAAAUUAUAAUAUUGGAUUAAAUAUAGUUAAUAAUUUAAGAGUUGUUAACGAUUCGGCCGAACGAGGAGUGAAACUUAUGCAAGAGUUUAAUAAUGUACUAUCGCAAAAUGAAGAGGAAAAACAAAUUAUACUGCAAAUAGUUUCAGAUUACCGAAAGCGCUAUCCAGAGGCAAAAAAAACUACGUUAAUGAAGAAUUUGUAAAUUGUUUUUAAAUGCAAGUAUUAAAAAGUGUGUAAAUUCAAUA